GUAUAUAAAUACACCAAUGAGUCAGUUCUAUCACCAUUCUUUUACCAAGUAAUGGCUUCUUCUACUGCAGUCACUCUCAUCUUCUUCUUUUUCUUAAUCUUUUUCAUAUCAUCAACAUUUGCCAGUACUACUGUUACAGGUCGCCGGUUUUCGAAGAUAUACGCAUUCGGAGAUUCUUACACCGACACCGGGAACACGAAAUCAGGGCCUGAUGGACCAGCUGGUUUCAACCAUGUAUCAAGUCCACCAUAUGGAAUGACAUUUUUUCAUAAACCAACUAAUCGUUAUUCUGAUGGUCGACUAGUUAUCGAUUUUGUCACCGAGUUUCUUUCUCUGCCGUAUUUAACACCUUACUUAAACCGUGAUAAAUCCGAUACAUCUCAUGGUAUUAACUUUGCAGUUGCCGGAUCUACUGCUACUGAUCAGAGUUUCUUUGUUAAGCAAAAUGUCACUUUUUAUGUUCCUAAUGCUUCCAUAAAUGUUCAGCUUGGUUGGUUCAAGAUGUUUCUGGAAAGUCAUGGAUGCCAUCGGCAGGUUAUUAAUAAUAAAAUGGCCAUGUCUAAGGAAUGCACCGGUUUGAUGGAGAAUGCAUUGUUUUGGGUUGGUGAGAUUGGAGCUAACGAUUACGCUUAUACUAUCGGUUCUUCUGUUACAAGAGAAACCAUUCAAGAACUUGCUGUUAGCCGAGUAACCGGAGUUCUAAAGGAAUUGUUGGAAAUGGGUGCUAAAAAUCUAGUGGUGGAAGGUUUGCCACCAACAGGAUGUUUGCCGUUAGCGCUAACACUGGCACCGGCAGACGACAGAGAUGAUAUAGGCUGUGUAGGAAGUGCAAACAAGCAAGGCUACAACCACAACACCCAGCUCCAAGCAAAUCUUCAAUACCUUAAAAAGCAAUACCCACAAUCCAUUAUCUCUUAUGCUGAUUACUUUGCGGCUUACCGGACGGUCAUGCAGAACAAAAACAAGUAUGGGUUUAAGGAACCAUUCAAAUGCUGUUGUGGAUCAGGUGCUGAACCUUAUAAUUUUGAUUUGUUUGUACCAUGUGGAUCACCAUCUGCAUCAAAAGCUUGUAAACACCCAUCUCAGCGUAUCAACUGGGAUGGUGUUCAUUUAACUGAAGGCAUGUAUAAGGUGCUGGCUGAAAUGUUCAUCCAUGGUGGAUAUAUGCGUCCAUCAAUCUUUUGAUAUAUCAUAUGAGGUAGCAAAUUCCUACAAAGAUAUAUACUAGCUAGUGCGCUGUUUCUGUUAAGGGCUCAAAGAAUUAAGUCCAUUUUGAUGCUAAAAAAGAAAACAAAGUUGAUUAUUCGUUGAU